AUGGCAGGAGAUGGACAUCAUCAAAGCCCGGCGACCCCAAAGAGUCUCAACCAGAAGAGUAUGGUUGAAGAAUCCCAAUCGCAUGUUGGGGCAAUGACUGACCAAUUUAGCUCCAAAACCACAGCUGCUGCCAAACGCCUGCUGUCUAAGCUUCCCAUGGCGAAGAGUCAUGAGAACAUUUACACAGUACCUAACAUUCUUACCUUCACUCGGUUGAUUGCAGCACCCGUGGUAGGAUAUUUGCUCGUCCAUGACUACCAUGCGGCCGCUUUGUCCUUGUUCGCAUAUGCAGGUAUUACCGAUCUGGUGGAUGGCUGGAUUGCCCGCAAAUAUAACCUGCAGACAGUCGUGGGAACGAUCAUUGAUCCCAUGGCCGAUAAGCUGCUGAUGACGAUCGGAGUGGCGUGUCUGGCGGUCAAUGGCUCUCUUCCCAUAUGGCUGGCCGUUAUUAUUCUUGGCCGUGACAUUGGGUUGGCCAUCUCGGCAAUCUAUUACCGAUGGAUUUCUCUUCCACCUCCGAAGACUAUGGCUCGAUACUGGGACUUUUCGCUUCCAUCCGCCGAAGUCAAGCCGACCGAAAUUUCGAAGAUCAAUACUGCCCUGCAGCUCGUGUUGGUAGGCACCGCAAUUGGACUGCCCGUGCUCCCCGAGGCUUUCAUCAGUGCUUGGCAUUUGUCAGAGGCCAUGACUGGAUUCCAGUACCUUGUGGCGGGAACAACGAUUUGGUCUGGAUUGAGUUACGUUUUGUCCAACAAUGCGGUGAAGAUUCUCAGCAGCGAGGAAAUCCAGAAACGGAUUGCUGCAGCGGCUGCAAAGCGAAAGCCCUGA